AUGUUUUGCGUUGGGUUUUCACAAUUAAGACCAACAUUUGUUAGAAAUGCUCGAAACUUGUUUUUAAGGGUUAUGUCAGCAAAGGCUUCAAGCGUGCCAAAGUACGACUGGGAAGACCCACUUUUAUUAGAGUAUCAACUUACAGACGAUGAAAAAGCCAUAAGAAAUACUGCACGAGAAUAUUGUCAGGAUAAACUCUUCCCACGAGUAUUAGAAGCUUAUCGACAAGAAAAAUUCGAUCGUGAAAUUCUGAGUGAAAUGGGAUCUUUAGGUUUACUAGGGUCUACUAUUCAGGGAUAUGGUUGCGCUGGUGUUUCUUCAGUUGCAUAUGGGCUUAUUGCUCGUGAAGUCGAAAGAGUAGACAGCGGGUAUCGAUCUGCUAUGAGUGUACAAUCGUCACUUGUUAUGCACCCGAUUGAUGCUUAUGGUACUGAAAAGCAAAAAAAAAAAUAUUUACCCAAGUUAGCAACGGGUGAGAUGGUUGGUGCUUUUGGGUUAACAGAACCUAAUCAUGGUUCUGAUCCAGCCGGUAUGCAAACAUAUGCACAAAAGGGAAAUGGUGUAUAUGUUUUGCGUGGAUCGAAGACGUGGAUUACAAAUUCACCGAUUGCCGACGUUUUUAUUGUUUGGGCAAAGACUGAAGAUAAAAAAAUUCGUGGUUUUAUAUUAGAAAAAGGAAUGAAAGGAUUAUCAGCUCCAAUAAUUAAAGGUAAAUUGUCUCUACGGGCUUCCAUAACAGGAAUGAUUAUGAUGGAUAAUGUAGAAGUUCCUGAAGAGAAUUUACUCCCAAACGUUGAAGGAUUAAAGGGUCCAUUUGGUUGUUUGAACAAUGCACGUUACGGUAUAUCUUGGGGUGUUCUCGGAGCAUCAGAAUUUUGUUUAGCUCAAGCUCGAGAAUAUUCUUUGAGUCGUUAUCAAUUUGGGACACCAUUAGCUAGAUUUCAAUUAAUUCAGAAGAAAUUUGCUGACGCUAAUACUGAGAUUUCCAUCGGCCUCCAAGCUUGUCUUCAAGUAGGUCGAUUAAAAGAUCAAGGUAAAGCAGCACCUGAAAUGAUAUCUCUCAUUAAACGUAAUUCAUGCGGUAAAGCAUUAGAAAUUGCGCAUAAUAUGAGAGACGUUUUGGGUGGCAAUGGUAUUAGUGAUGAAUAUCAUAUUAUUAGACACGAACAGAAUUUGUGUACAACGAAUACUUAUGAAGGUAAACUAUUGUUUUGA